AUGAUUAGCGGUAGGCUUAUAGUGCUCAAUGAUGGAUCAACACCCACCCUCACCUAUAAUCACGACACCAUUGUCCCGAUCCCACGCCACGGCACAGCUGCGCCAGAAACGACCAACAGGACUUCCGCUGUUGGACUUGGCCAUGUGGUGGAAAGAGCAGAAGUUAUGCCAGGCGACAGCGAGAAUAGCCCUCGCCUGGAAGUGAUAGUAGCACACAACGACUGGGAUGCUAUUGCCAGGACUCACCGGCGAUUCCUUGUGAAAUACAUAAUCCCCGGCUCGAAGAACUUCAUCAAGACUCACACUUUGUAUCAAGUCGGCCGAGAGGUUCAACUCCUCAGCUAUCUGGUUGAUUUCGAGUUAGAACGCAACAUGGCUGUAUUUGGAGUCCAUUCUGUCAGCUUGACCUCCGGACACCAAAUGGGCCGGUCAUCAGCUGUUGCGUCGUCGUCAGGUAACAGGACCUCUCGAAAUGGCCGCAAGUUUGUGAAGUUCGGAUCACAACCCUCCCAUGCUGCAGGUGAACAAACUCAUGGCAACCCCGACGAAGGGGGCCCCUCGGUACCAUCAAGUUCUGACAGAAACAAAGGCAAAGGCAAAGCAUUAGCUGACGUUGACGGUGAGGAAAACACCUCUGAAGAAGAUACCACCAUCAAGGCUCAGUCAUCCCCCCAAGUCGCGCCUCCCGCCAGCACCCAAAGAGGCCGCCCCCGCAUGAAUAUUCUCAAGGAUGCUGCCAAACGGAUGAAAAGAGCCUAG